UCUGAACGAGUGACCACAACCUCACGUCGUCACGCAUGCAUCGGUCGUCCAUUUUUCGAAAGAAUUCGACGGAAAAGUGAAAAAUACAUCGCAAAAAGGAAAAAAUUUACAAAGAAAAGUACUUUAAAGCAAGUUGUAAUCAACUUACACCACAGUGCAUUUCAGUGGCCUUUCAAAUACUGCUCAAAACAACUCAAUAAGCAAUAGCAAUACAUAUAUAGAUUUACAAUUUGAACUACCCGAAAAAAGUUCGUGUGCGUUUCUACAAUACAAUAAAAAAGUAAAUAAAGCGCGUGUGAAGUGUGGUGCAGAUAUCGAAGCGGAAGAAUAAAAUACAAACUAAUACAAACGCUUCCAAUCGACAGAACUGUGUGGCAAUAAAAAUAACUAUUAGGCGUAAAGAAAAAAAGAAGAAAUUUAUAUUUAUACAUAUAUUGAAAGUUAUUGAAACUCAUUAAUCAUUGCAAUGGCUUGUGCUACAUUAAAACGCGCAUUGGACUGGGAGUCGCUCAAUCAGCGUCCCACAAAACGUCGACGUUGUGUUCCCUACGGACAAUCUGCUGGCAAUUCGCCAUCACGCGGCGGCCAGCCGACGGUAGAUGGCGCCACCAACAGCCCAAGCACCACAGGCAUGCCAAGCAAUCGCUUUGCCAAAGACAGCACUGAGCCGAGCCCAUUCUCCGAAUCCGCCUUGGCCAAGAUGUCGCCAGAUAAAAUGGCCGAGAAUUUGUGCAAUGAAAUCAAAAGACUGCACAAACGCAAACAGUUGCCCAUCACAUCAUCCGCUUUGGAGCGCAUGCAGGACUCGGAAUCGAGCGGUUCCGAAAUGGGACCCGAGAGUCCAUUGCGCCCGGACAGCCCACCGAGUCACAUGAUGCGCCAUCACAACGAGAAGGCAUUGUUCACGUUCAAGCAGGUGCAACUCAUAUGCGAGGGCAUCGUGAAGGAUCGCGAGGAUCAACUGCGUGAGCGUUACGAAUCGGUGCUGACCACCAAAUUGGCUGAGCAAUAUGAUGCCUUUGUGAAAUUCACAUAUGAUCAGAUCCAGCGUCGUUACGAAGCAGCGCCCAGCUAUUUGUCGUAAGGCAGACGACUCUCUCAACAAUUACGAUCUUAUGUGACGGUUUUCUGGCCGCAAAUGCAGAAAAUAAUGCAACUUCAAAUGCAAGACAAAACAUCAAGAAAAAGAAGAGAAGAAAAGAAAAAAAGAAAAAGUAAUGAAAACAACAUAGAAGCCCUCAUUUAAAUAAACAACUACAUUUUUGUUUAUAUUAUAUAUUUUGAAAUAUGAAAGUUAUAGUUUAAACUAGAAUUACAUAAAUUGUAUUGAAAGCAAAA